UUCUAUAUUUAUAUGGGUAGGAACCUUACAGAUGAUAUGUUUCCGGGGAAAGGCGCACACGAUUUGUUUGCUAUAGAUAUCAGUUACGUUUUACAGUGUUUUCAUCGAUUUUCCCAGCAGAAAAAAUGUGAAGAUGGAUGAGCUGGCAGAAUAUUUGAGAUCCAGGCAUGUGGAUGAAGAGGCUAUACAACGAAUGGAACAAGACAAGAUUGAUCCCACUGUAAUAAAGCUGAUGAGUGAUGAGGAACUGAAGGACUAUCUACCAUCAUACGGUGAUCGAAUAGCUGUAUUUGGACACUGUAGACGACAAGAAGAACCAAGUCGAAAGUCAAAACUCUUUGAAAGACUUAAAUUAAAGUUUAGCAAGAAUCAAAACGGUAAAGUAGGAGUGCAAAAAGAACAUGGGAAAACUAGUAUCAGAAGAAAGAGUGACAGAAAAGUUGAGCUUGGGUGGUUAAAUUUUAGAAAAAAAGACAAUACAUAUGUGCAUAUGCGCACUAAAAAUGGUGGAGGUACAAGGAAGGAAAGUGUGCCUAAAAAGAGUACAAACAUUAACCUAAUUGAAAAAGCAUUGGAGUUGUUUUUUCCUGGAGGAGAAAAUGUGCAUGGCAAAAGCUGUGAUUUUGAAGUGGAUUUAACUGACUUUCAGGAAACCCCUUUACCUGAACAUAUAACAGUUGAGGAAAUGUAUGAGAUGACAAAGUUGCCAGUUUUGCGAUUUUACUUAAAAACGAAAAAGAGACAAAUUGUAACAGAAGGAAACCCUGAGGAGAGCAAUGCUGAAUCUGACAAUAUGGUCAGCCACUCUGUUGUACCACAUGAGGCAUCAAGCAGUUCUACAGUUUUGAGCCUAAACAAUUUGGAUGUUAUUCAUAUUGCAACUUUUUACAACACUGAACCUUUAGAAAGCAAUUCGAGUUUAGACAUUCAUUUAGAAGGACAAGAAAGCACACUUAAUUUGAAUGAUUUGGAUGAAAGCGGUAUUGUGACUGUACGUUCUGUGGACCACUUAGAAAUGGAAGCCCCCAAUCUUGAGGAUACCUUGCCACUAAUUGAGGAAGAGUUGCCUAUUUUUUUGAAUAUGCCUGAAAAUAACAAAACCAUCAUUGUGGUUCAUCGAGGCCAGAUUCUUCAAGAGCUCAUUCAAGUGUUCAGUAACGAUGAGAUGAUGAACAAGAAAAAUGUCCGCUUUAAAGUAAUUCUUCCUGAUGGAAAUCUUGAAAAGGCUUUAGAUGAUGGAGGUGUAGUAAGGGAUGUGCUGUCAGAGUUCUGGCAAGACUUUUAUGAACAGUGCACCAUGGGAAGUGACUUCAAAGUGCCAUACUUGCGACACGACUUUGGAAAGGAGGAAUGGGAAAGUGUAGGUCGAAUCAUUGCUUUUGGCUGGAAACAAGAAAAACAACUUCCAAUAAAACUUGCUCCUGUUAUUCUUGAGCAAGCUAUUCUUGGAGAUGUGGAGAGUGAUCUUUUAGAUAGUUUUCUCAAGUAUGUAUCACACUCGGAGCGAGUCAUGUUUCAAACUUGCUUUUCAGAUUUUGAAAGUAUUGAUGAAAAUGAGUUAUUAGAAGUUCUAGAUCUCCAUAAUUGUCGCAGACAUCCAACAUCAAACAACAUUGAGCAAAUCAUAAGAGAGCUUGCUCACAAGAAACUUAUUCAGGAGCCUGCAUUUGUCAUUGAGCAGUGGAGUACUGUGCUUGUGGAGAUGAAGUCAGAGCUGAAGGGUAUAGCAGCAGCUUAUGAUGCACUGCAGCCAACAUCACGCAAAAUUAUGCAAUCGCUCACUUAUCCAACAAAUCAAAAUGCUUCUGAAAAACAGAUGGUUAAGUAUGUCAACACAUAUCUUCGAGAGUGUGACAUGCCUCAUCUUUCCAGGUUUCUUAGGUUUUGCACAGGGUCUGAUGUAUUUACAGGAAAAGACAUCACUGUCUCAUUCACAAUGAUUAAUGGCCUUCAGAGAAGACCUGUUGCUCACACUUGUGGUUGUUACUUGGAGUUGCCAGUUACUUAUGAGAGUUACCCAGAUUUUCGGCAUGAAAUGAACAAAAUACUGGAGAGCAAUAUUUGGGUGAUGGAUAUUGUGUGAUUUUCAUCCUAAAUCAACAAAAAGGUUCAUGUGCGUAGUUAUUGGCACAAUGUUACAUAUACAACUAUUUUAAAUAUUCUUGUUAGAACUGUUAUUGCAACAUUUUACAUAUUGCACUUAAAUUGAAACUAUUAUUUGCCAUAGUAGUAUCUGAAAAUGUUAAGAUACUGUUCAUCUAUCUGUUGAGGCAGAAGUUGGUGUUUGCUAAAGUAUUAAACAACUGGUUUGUUUAUAUAGAGCAGAAAUGGUUCUGUUUAUGUGAACAAUUAUUUUCUGGAAGAUGGAAUGUUUGAUAGCAUAAAUAAAACAUAGUUUGUGUUUGAAGUAUU